UUAAGGAAUAUGACUCUUUGGUGGAUGAUAAAUGGUCUUUUGAUCCUGUGGACAGUAUCAGUGGGCUCAAAGAAAAGCAACUAUGAAGUCCGCUUUGAGUCGAUAGAAGCCGUCAACGGCAGUACCGAAACCCUUUUCCUAUACCAGCUACGAUUGCUCGGCAGAAACCGCAUGAUAAAUGGAAGUCUUAUUUUCUUAGAAGACUUGGACGAUACGUUCGACGUCCUUUUCGAAUCCCACGCAUUCAAGAAUGGUUGUUGGGUCAAGGGAAUCGUGAACAGUGCCACCAAGCCCUGCGAAUUUUUCACUCGCUACUACCUUUCCUAUUUCCGAAUAAUAUCGCCCGAAUCGAAUUUACCCACUACCGGUGCUGAAGUUUGUCCUUUUCGAAAGGGUACAUAUUAUGUGAAAAACGGCGUUGCUUCUACCGAAGAUUGGCCACCCAUUGUCUUCAAGGGUCUUAACAGAUACACCAUUUCGUAUCUAAAAAAUGGCGAAAGUACUGGGGGAGUUCAGUUUACAAUUAGUAUAACAGAAACUAUCACAUAG